AUGAAGAACCGAUCAAGUUCCCCUCCAGUUCAUGUACAUGUCAGUGAGGCCACUCCAGUCCAUGUGCACGUGAAGAGUCAUAGAAGUCCGACAGCAGAACCUCAGAAGAGAAAGGUUAAAGAUAAGGGAAUUCUUCAGACCACAGCCCAGGUCAAAACCAGAGUACCAUGGAUCCCCCCCGGGAAGACUACCUUCAGAGAUGCUUCCUUCAAAUUUGAGGGCCCUGCGCAUUGUCUAGAAAUUAUUCCGAAGACCACUCAAGAAGAACAGUCUGCUUUGUGUUUGGCCGACUUGACAUCAGAUGGCGAGUGUGAACUUCAUGGACGAAUCAACCGAUAUGAACAGAAAGUUGACAGUUUGAUGACAGAAGUCAGCUCAUUGAAGAACGAGAGAGUUGCAGCUGAGCACAAGGAAGAACUGGCGAUUGUGACCAAGAAACUGCAGCAGACAGAAGAAGAAAACUCAAGAUUACGGCACUCGCUGGAACAGAUGCCAAUGGCUGACCACAACAGUGAGGCGACUUAUCUGGACAAAGAUAGUUUGCUUACAAAGUUGAUGGAAGCUGAGGCAGAUAAUAAGGCAGCUUCCAAACAAGUGUCAGAUCUAAGUGAAUCUCUUUAUAAAAUGGGUGCAACACAUGGUGAGUCUUCACAUCUGGCUCGCCAUAAAGAACUACUGCAGCAGAAACUGGAGACAAUGGAAGGGACCAAUCGAGCACUGCGACAGCUUCUCCGAGAACAUCGUAAUUCUUAUAAAGACUCGGCACAACUGAGGAUCCAGAAGGAAACAUUGCUUAACAAACUUUCUUGUAAAGAAAAGGAAAAUGCACGUUUGAUAGUAAAGCUUCAAGAGACUCAAAAUCAAAUGUACGACCUGUGUAAAUCUUUGGAUGAUGAGAAAAUAAAUGCCAAGAGUGUAUCUGAUUUUUCUAAAAGUUUAGAAUCCACAAGAGCUCAUUUACAAGGUCAGCUGCGCAGUAAAGAAGCAGAAAACAAUCGACUCACUGUUCAGAUAAAGAACUUUGAGAGCACUGUAAAGGAACAAAAGUCAGAGAUGGAUCAUUUAAAAGAGCAGCUGAUGAGACUGAAACAACAGACCGUCGCAGACAAAGAGGCUCUGAAACGAGCGACCAGAGCACAGAAACAAAGAGCUGAGCGCGGCGAGGACUCAGCAGCUCAGCUUCAACUCCAGCUUCUGGACAUGGAAAACCAAGUCACUGAAGCACUUUCGGCUGCCGAAACUUGGAAAAGUUGUCAUAAUGAAGAUGUAAAAGACAAAAAUAGGUUGGAGAUAGAAGUAUCAACAUUGAACAGUCGAAUCAUGGAACUGUCAGAGCAGCUCAGAGAUGCAGAGAGAAAAGGAAGAGCAGACAGAGAUUCUCUCGUGGAGCAUCUUCAUGGACUAACUUCAGAAAGCACAGCAGCCAAACUGGAAAAUCAGUCCCUCAAGGCCAGAUUGUUAACUCUUGAGGAGAAGUUGUCCUUGUCUCAGAGCGAGCUACAGCACGUCAAAUCUACCAUAGAGCAGUAUGACACUUUGAUUGGCAGCUAUAACAUACAAGUUGGUAAAACCCGGGCUGAGGCAGAUGAGUAUUGUGCGCGUUUGGCUAAAGCUGAAAAAGAUGCCUCCAUUUUGCGAGAAGAACUGGACCAGGAGAUACAGCAGGUGCAGAGGGAUCUGCUGGGAAAAAUGGCAGAACUUGAACCACUUCCUGAUGCUUUACGUCAGGCUGAGCUGAAGCUCCAGGAUGCUCAAGAGCGUGAGCUCAAUCAAGAACUUUGCAAAAAAGAACUUGGUUCAACAAUAAAUGAACUAUGCAUGAAGUUAGAGAUGGAGGGCAAUAAAGCAGAGCUUCUGAGGCAGAAUAAUAAGAUGCUUCUUGAAGAAAACAGAAGGCUUCAGCACCAUGUGGAUAAUAUGGAAAGUAAACUGGGGGAAGCAAAGAAUCAGAACUGUGAACUAUUGUCUGUUGUUGCAAAAAUGGAAAACAAACUUCAAAGCAAUCAGCUUCGUUUGGAGGAAAGAAAUUGUGAAUGUCGCCUCCUCAACCAACAAUUAGAGGAGGCUUUGAAAGAAGCUCAGCUACAGGUUUCGGGGAUCAGAGAACAGGCUGCUAUUAAGGAGAGAUCAACACAAUCAAAAUUAUUGGAAAUGGAAACGCAACUCAGUAGGACCACCUCUGAUAUAAACCAACUACGGCACAGUAAAAAAGAGACAGAGCAAUGGUAUCAAAGUCAACUUCAAGAUGUCAAAGACCGCAUGGACCAAUCAGACAGCACCAACAGAAUCGCUCGUGUGGUCUCGGCACUUCUCGACUCUUUCCGUGAAGCUGCGGGGAAUGACGUCAACGUGGGAGAAAACAGCCUCAGUGCGAAACAGCAGCGAGAGCAGCGGAUCCUCAUCCUCACCGUCGAUUUGCAGCAAAAAACCUGGUCGUUACAGGCCUCUCUGAAUUAUACGAAAAUGGAUGCAUCAGGAAAAGUUCUGGAGACGGCUGAAGACAUCCAGGAGCGUCGGCAGCAGGUGCUCGACCGCUACCGGCGCUUCAAGGAGCUGUCAAUUGUGCGUCGGCAAAAGCUAGAGGACUCCUACCGCUUCCAGUUCUUCCGCCGAGAUGCUGAUGAACUGGAGAAAUGGAUCCAGGAAAAACUACAAAUUGCAUCUGAUGAAAACUACAAAGACCCAUCGAACUUGCAGGGUAAACUGCAGAAGCAUCAAGCCUUUGAAGCGGAGGUUCAGGCCAAUGCUGGGGCCAUUAUCAAACUGGACGACACUGGAAGUCUAAUGAUCAAUGAAGGGCACUUUUCUUCUGAGACAAUUCGAACUCGUCUUGAAGAACUCCAUCGCCUUUGGGACCUUCUUUUGCAAAAAACGAAGGAAAAGGGAAUGCGGCUCCUUCAGGCUCAGAAACUCGUUCAGUAUUUACGUGAAUGUGAAGAUGCUCUUGACUGGAUCAGUGAUAAGGAGACCAUUGUCACCUCUGAAGAGCUGGGUCAGGACCUGGAGCAUGUGGAGCUUCUACAGAAGAAGUUUGAGGAGUUUCAGACUGACUUAGCGGCUCAUGAAGAACGAGUCAAUGAAGUCAAUCAAUUGGCGGCAAAACUGAUCCAGGAGUCCCAUCCAGAGGUCGAACUCAUUGUCCGCAAACAAGACGAGGUGAAUGCUGCUUGGCAGCGCCUGAAAGGUCUUGCUCAACAGAGACAAGGAAAGCUGUUUGGAGCUGCUGAAGUUCAGAGAUUCAACAGAGAUGUAGAUGAGACCAUCAGCUGGAUCAAAGAAAAAGAGCAGCUUAUGGCUUCUGAUGACUUUGGACGUGAUCUGGCGAGUGUGCAAGCUCUCCUCCGCAAGCAUGAAGGACUGGAGAGAGAUUUGGCUGCUCUGGAAGACAAGGUCAAUACACUUGGUGGUGAUGUGGAGCGGCUGCAGCAGACACAUCCCCAAAAUGCCUCCCAGAUUCACCUGAAGAAAGAUGAACUUGUGACAAACUGGGAGCAGAUACGCACUCUUGCUGCUGAGCGCCAUGCUCGCCUUGAUGACUCCUACGGGCUCCAGCGUUUCACUGCAGACUUUCGAGAUCUGACCAGUUGGGUGACUGAGAUGAAAGCCCUGAUCAAUGCCGAUGAACUUGCUAAUGAUGUGGCUGGAGCUGAAGCAUUGUUGGACCGCCACCAAGAACAUAAGGGAGAAAUUGAUGCUCACGAGGAUAGCUUCAGAACAACUGAUGAAGCUGGCAAAGCUUUACUCAAUUCAGGCCACUAUGCCUCUGAUGAGGUUAAAGAAAAGUUAACUAUCCUGACUGAAGAGAAAAACUCUCUGCUUGAGCUGUGGGAGCUUCGUCGGCAGCAGUAUGAGCAGUGCAUGGACCUGCAGCUGUUCUACAGAGACACAGAGCAGGUGGACAACUGGAUGAGCAAGCAAGAGGCAUUCCUUCUAAAUGAAGACCUUGGAGAUUCUUUGGACAGCGUUGAAGCACUGCUCAAGAAACAUGAGGACUUUGAGAAGUCUCUGAGUGCUCAGGAAGAGAAGAUUACUGCCCUUGAUGAAUUUGCCACCAAACUUAUCCAGAACAAUCACUAUGCCAAGGAUGACGUGGCUACCCGUAGAGAUGCUCUGCUUAGCCGCCGCAAUGCGCUCCAUGCUCGAGCUCAAUCUCGACGGGCUGCGCUGGAGGAUUCCUUCCACCUGCAACAGUUCUUCAGGGACUCUGAUGAACUUAAAAGUUGGAUCAAUGAGAAAAUGAAAACUGCUACUGAUGAAGCCUACAAGGAUCCAUCAAACCUUCAGGGCAAAGUGCAGAAACACCAGGCCUUUGAGGCGGAACUUUCAGCCAACCAGAGCCGCAUUGAUGCACUGCAGAAGUCCGGCCAGGAGCUGCUGGACGGAAAACACUAUGCCUCCGCCGAGGCGGCCGGACGCAUGGAGGAGGUCAGCUCCCAGUGGAAGAAACUGCUUGAGGCCACGGAGCUCAAAGGUAUUAAGCUUCGUGAGGCCAAUCAGCAGCAGCAAUUUAACAGAAACGUUGAGGACAUUGAGUUGUGGCUUUAUGAGGUGGAGGGACACCUUGCCUCCGAUGACUAUGGUAAAGACCUGACCAGUGUUCAAAACUUACAGAAGAAACAUGCUCUUUUGGAGGCUGAUGUAGCUGCCCAUCAGGAUCGUAUCGAUGGUAUAACCAUCCAGGCUCGUCAGUUUCAGGAAGCUGGGCACUUUGAUGCAGAAAAUAUUCGUAAAAAACAGGAGGCUUUGGUUAAUCGCUAUGAUGCCCUGCGUGAGCCUAUGGCGGCCCGAAAACAGAAACUCUCCGACUCCCUUCGUCUGCAGCAGCUGUUCAGGGACGUGGAGGAUGAAGAGACUUGGAUUCGUGAAAAAGAGCCCAUUGCUGCUUCUACUAAUCGUGGUAAAGACCUGAUUGGUGUUCAGAAUCUACUGAAAAAGCACCAGGCUCUGCAGGCUGAGAUCACUGGCCAUGAACCUCGCAUUAAGGCCGUCAGCCAGAAAGGAGAGGCCAUGGUGGAGGAAGGCCAUUUUGCUGGUGAGGAGGUGAGAGUCAAGUUGACAGAACUUCACGGACGCUGGGAUACGCUAAAAGCCAAAGCUUCUCAGCGUAGACAAGAUCUGGAGGACUCCUUGCAAGCCCAACAGUACUUUGCUGAUGCCAACGAGGCAGAGUCCUGGAUGAGAGAGAAGGAGCCAAUUGUGGGCAGCCCAGACUAUGGAAAAGAUGAAGACUCUGCAGAGGCUCUUUUGAAGAAGCAUGAAGCCCUGAUGUCUGACUUGAGUGCCUAUGGCAGCAGCAUACAGGCCCUUAAGGAACAGGCACAGUCUUGCCGGCAACAAGUCGCUCCAACUGACGAUGAGACUGGCAAAGAGCUGGUUCUGGCUCUGUACGACUACCAGGAGAAGAGUCCGCGUGAAGUUACAAUGAAAAAAGGGGACAUCCUUACUCUGCUCAACAGCACCAACAAGGACUGGUGGAAGGUGGAAGUUAAUGAUCGUCAAGGCUUUGUUCCUGCUGCUUAUGUUAAAAAGUUGGACCCAACACAGUCUUCCUCACGGGAGAACUUGCUGGAUGAACAUGGAAGCAUUGCGCUUCGCCAGGAACAGAUUGAGAACCAGUACGGCACCUUGCAAGAGCUGGGAGAUAAGCGUAAAGAUAUGUUGGAGAAGAGUUGCAAGAAGUUCAUGUUGUUCCGAGAGGCAAACGAGCUGCAGCAGUGGAUCAACGAGAAGGAGAGCGCGCUGACGAGCGAGGAGGUGGGCUCUGACCUCGAGCAGGUGGAAGUCCUCCAGAAGAAGUUUGACGAUUUCCAGAAGGAUCUGAAGGCAAACGAGUCCCGACUUCGAGACAUCAACAAAGUGGCCUCUGAGCUGGAGUCUGAAGGGCUCAUGGCUGAAGAAGCUCCAAUGGUUCAAGCUCAGCAGCAGGAACUUCUUGGUGCUGCUCCUGGAAAGGACGAAGCCGAUUCAAAGACAGCCUCCCCAUGGAAGAAUAUUCGCUUAGCUGUUCAAACAACGGCCAACUUUAAUACCAUCAAGGAGUUAAACAAUCGCUGGAGGUCUCUGCAGCAGCUGGCUGAGGAGCGGAGCAACAUGCUGGGAAGUGCACAUGAAGUGCAGCGCUUCCACAGAGAUGCUGAUGAAACAAAAGAAUGGAUUGAAGAAAAAAACCAGGCCCUGAAUACCGAUAACUAUGGACAUGAUUUGGCGAGUGUCCAGGCUCUGCAGCGUAAACACGAAGGCUUUGAAAGAGAUCUGGCAGCGCUUGGUGACAAAGUGAACUCCCUCGGAGAAACGGCAGAGCGGCUCAUCCAGUCUCAUCCAGAAGCUGUGGACGAUAUUAAGGAGAAGUGCACAGAGCUGAACACAGCCUGGAGCAGUCUGGUGGGACGCGCUGACCAGCGCAAAGACAAACUCGGCAACUCGCACGACCUGCAGCGCUUUUUGUCUGACUUCAGAGAUCUGAUGUCCUGGAUCAACGGCAUCCGAGGCCUGGUGUCCUCAGAGGAACUGGCCAAAGAUGUGACUGGAGCUGAGGCCCUUCUAGAAAGGCACCAGGAACACCGCACUGAGAUAGAUGCACGUGCUGGAACCUUCCAGGCGUUUGAACAGUUUGGUCAGCAGCUCCUGGCCCGCGGUCACUACGCCAGCCCUGAGAUCCAGCAGAAACUUGAGGCUCUGGAUCGCGAACGCGCAGACCUGGAGAAGGCCUGGGUGCAGCGUCGCAUGAUGCUAGACCAGUGUCUGGAGCUUCAGCUGUUCAACAGGGACUGUGAGCAGGCAGAGAAUUGGAUGGCGGCCCGUGAAGCCUUCCUGGCCAGUGAUGACAAGGGAGACUCUUUGGACAGUGUAGAAGCUCUCAUCAAAAAGCAUGAAGACUUUGACAAGGCCAUCAAUGUGCAGGAAGAGAAGAUUGCAGCAUUGCAGUCUUUCGCUGACCAGUUGGUUGGUGCUGACCAUUAUGCGAAACCAGAGAUUUUCGCUCGUCGCAAUGAAGUGCUUGACAGGUGGCGCCGCCUGAAGGCGCAGAUGAUAGAGAAGCGUUCUAAGCUCGGAGAGUCGCAGACUCUGCAGCAGUUCAGCAGAGACGUGGAUGAGAUCGAGGCGUGGAUCAGCGAGAAGCUUCAAACAGCAACAGAUGAGUCGUACAAGGAUCCAACCAACAUUCAGCUGUCCAAGCUGCUGAGUAAGCAUCAGAAGCACCAGGCCUUUGAGGCAGAGCUGCACGCCAACGCUGACCGCAUCCGUGGAGUCAUCGACACGGGGAACGCGCUGAUCCAGAGAGGCGCCUGUGCCGGCAGUGAGGACGCCGUCAAGGUCAGACUCAAUGCGCUCGAUGAACAGUGGCAGUUCCUGGUGAACAAAUCAGCAGAGAAAAGUCAGAAACUGAAGGAGGCCAAUAAGCAGCAGAACUUCAACACUGGGAUCAAGGACUUUGACUUCUGGCUUUCUGAAGUGGAGGCUCUUCUUGCAUCUGAGGAUUAUGGCAAAGAUCUGGCCUCUGUCAACAACCUGCUUAAGAAACACCAGCUGUUGGAAGCUGACAUUUCUGCUCAUGAGGAUCGCCUCAAAGACCUGAACGGGCAGGCUGACGGCUUGAUGGCCAGCAAUGCAUUUGACACAUCGCAGGUGAAAGACAAACGCGACGCCGUAAAUGGCCGCUUCACCAAGAUCAAGAACAUGGCUGCUGGUCGCCGGGCCAAACUCAACGAGUCCCAUCGCUUACAUCAGUUCUUCAGGGACUUGGAUGAUGAAGAGUCUUGGAUCAAGGAAAAGAAGUUGCUUGUAAGUUCGGAGGACUAUGGACGUGAUUUGACUGGAGUACAGAAUUUGAGGAAGAAACACAAGAGGCUCGAGGCAGAGCUUGGAGCCCAUGAGCCGGCUAUUCAGUCUGUGCUGGAUACAGGGAAAAAGCUCUCCGACGACAACACAAUAGGCCAGGAGGAGAUUCAGCAGAGGCUUGCCCAGUUUGUCGAUCACUGGAAGGAACUUAAGGACUUGUCUGGUGCUCGGGGAAAGAUGCUGGAAGAAUCAUUGGAGUAUCAGCAAUUUGUUGCUAAUGUGGAGGAGGAAGAGGCCUGGAUUAAUGAGAAGUUGAACCUUGUGGGAAGUGAGGAUUACGGUGAUACAUUGGCAGCUGUGCAGGGCCUACUAAAAAAGCAUGAAGCUUUUGAGACCGAUUUUACAGUGCACAGGGACAGAGUUAAUGAUGUGUGCACCAACGGAGACGAGCUCAUUAAGAAGAACAAUCAUCAUGUCGAAAGCAUUAGUGCAAAGAUGUCUGCUCUCCGAGGGAAAGUGUCAGAGCUGGAGAGAGCAGCGGCUCAGAGGAAGGCAAAGUUGGAUGAAAACUCUGCUUUCUUACAAUUCAACUGGAAAGCUGACGUUGUGGAGUCCUGGAUUGGUGAGAAGGAGAACAGCCUGAAGACAGACGACUAUGGUCGAGACUUGUCCUCUGUGCAGACCCUGCUGACGAAGCAGGAGACAUUUGAUGCUGGCCUCCAGGCUUUCCAACAAGAAGGCAUUACUAACAUCACAGUUCUCAAAGACCAGCUGUUGGCGGCAAAACACGUCCAGUCAAAGGCCAUCGAGGCGCGUCAUGCGGCGCUGAUGAAGCGCUGGAACCAGCUACUGUCCAAUUCUGCGGCUCGCAAGAAGAAACUGUUGGAAGCCCAGGAGCACUUCCGAAAGGUUGAAGAUCUGUUCCUGACAUUUGCAAAGAAGGCAUCUGCUUUCAACAGCUGGUUUGAAAAUGCAGAGGAAGACUUAACCGACCCAGUUCGGUGCAACUCUUUAGAGGAGAUCCGGGCUCUGCGUGAAGCUCAUGAGGCUUUCCGCUCCUCCCUCAGCUCUGCUCAGACGGACUUUAACCAACUAGCUGAGUUGGAUCAGCAGAUCAAGAGUUAUCAAGUGAUGUCCAACCCCUACACCUGGUUUACCAUGGAGGCUCUUGAAGAAACUUGGAGAAACUUGCAAAAGAUUAUCAAGGAGCGAGAGCUUGAGCUGCAGAAAGAACAAAGAAGGCAAGAGGAAAAUGACAAGUUGCGACAGGAGUUUGCGCAGCACGCUAACGCUUUCCAUCAAUGGCUCCAGGAGACCAGGACAUAUCUGCUGGAUGGAUCUUGUAUGGUGGAGGAGUCUGGUACUCUGGAGUCUCAGCUAGAAGCCACCAAGCGUAAACACCAGGAAAUUCGAGCUAUGAGGAGCCAGCUGAAGAAAAUUGAAGACUUAGGAGCAGCAAUGGAAGAAGCGCUGAUUUUGGACAACAAAUACACAGAGCACAGUACAGUGGGACUGGCACAGCAGUGGGACCAACUGGACCAACUAGGAAUGAGGAUGCAACACAACCUGGAGCAGCAGAUACAGGCCAGGAACACAACAGGAGUGACAGAAGAGGCUUUGAAAGAGUUCAGCAUGAUGUUCAAACACUUUGACAAGGAAAAGUCUGGAAGACUAAACCACCAGGAGUUUAAAUCCUGUUUGAGGUCACUCGGUUACGAUCUGCCAAUGGUGGAAGAAGGAGAGCCAGAUCCAGAGUUUGAGGCCAUUCUUGACACUGUCGAUCCCAACAGGGAUGGAAAUGUGUCUUUGCAAGAAUACAUGGCCUUUAUGAUAAGUCGUGAAACAGAAAACGUCAAAUCCAGUGAGGAGAUUGAAAGUGCCUUCAGAGCACUUAGUACAGAGAACAAACCUUACGUCACAAAGGAGGAACUUUAUCAGAAUCUAUCAAAGGAGCAAGCAGACUAUUGCUUGUCACACAUGAAACCGUACUUGGACAGCAAGGGUCGAGAGAUGCCGUCAGCAUUCGACUUUGUUGAAUUUACCCGCUCACUUUUUGUCAACUGA